AUGAUGCCCGUGUAUUCGUUAAAGAGGAGGCGGUUGUGGGCGUCAUGGUGGUUACGGCGUGACAUUUUUGGGCGUUGGUUCUGUGCCCACUUAUGCCCACUCAAACGCGUGAAUUCGGUUUUGCACAAUCCAGUACAACAAUCGUGGAACGAUGGCCGCUUCGAACGCGGGCAGACGAACUUUCGUCAGAGGUAUAUCAACCGGAGGAUUCGAUUCCCAAAUUCGAUCGUGAAGAAGGUUAACGAAGCGGCUCUCUCGAAGGAUGUUCUCCACUAUUUCUGCAAGAUCUUAGCAGUGGCUAUGAUUAAGGAUGGCGUACACUACGAACUUAUGGGAAUAAUGCAAGGAAAAGUUAUCGGCAAGACCAUGGUGAUGGAUUCGUCGCAUUACCAGUGCAAAGACGCGUGUAAUGCAAGGAACUCUGCAGCAGAGUAUAUGGUGCAGUAUACCACGGGAAGCGAGAGGGUGAGAAGGCUAGGCUAG